AUGGCGGAAUCCACGAGAUACACAGCUACUUCGGAUCGGCUGGAGGAUGCCCUUACCAAGCUCACCACUCACCAACUUUAUCUCACUCACAUGAUUCAACAACUCAUGCAUAAAAUUGAUGCGCUCAUUCAUCAUCUACCGCAACCCGCACCACCCAGCUACUUCCCUUCUUCUUCCGCCAUCACCGCCUCCCAUGGCUGCCUCUCCCUUUACUCCGACCAUGCUAGACCAAAGCACCCACCAGUCCACCUCUUUCCGCCACCUUCCUCUUCCACUACCAUCCCAUCCUCUUCCUCUGCGAAGGCACUCCUCGCACACACACCCAUGUCGACUCCACCGCCCACGCCACUGCCGCCGUUCAUGCUGACUCCGCCGCCCACGCCAACUCCACCUCCACUCCCCGCACUAAGGCAACAACAUCCCACACCGGUGUCGUCCCCGCCUACCAUUGCUGUCAUCCCCCUCCUUGUUAACAGCAAGCCCCACGCGCCCUUCGACCGUCGCUGGGCAACUCUUUUCCAAAUUUGCAAGGAGUACCCUAGUUGUCGCAUCCUUCCCUUGGACCUCUGCUCAUUUUCCCUCGUCACAAUCACCGCCAAGGUCGGGGGCACGGAGCGCGACCACUCCUUCCUUUUCACCUUUUACGCUACUAUUGACGCCGUAAAAUGGCUAUACUUUCGCAACACUAACCUCCAUUCACUCAUUCCUUCACCCAUUUUAAUUUGGGAUCCCGGUUCGAAUUUUGGAGCCAUGGUUGUAGCCCCAACACCUUGA